CAGUACCCCCGAGACGCGGGAAGGUGCGAGCGCCCAUUCAUCGCUGCUCGCAGCUUUAAUUUCUUAUUGAACCUCUCUGUCUGCCCAUUUUAACCGAACAGUGGAUGAACUGACAGUCUAACUAUUGUGAACAAAGAGGGCUCCAUAGGAUAUUGUGGAACAGGACAAAAUAGCUCUAAUGGUUGCGGACUGUACUGAUACAAGGUGUUCCAAUGUAAUAGUCUUUAGAAGAUGGAACAUCUUAAGCCAUCUCCCAACCCAUUGUGAGAAAAAUAAUGACUUGAAAGAAAAAGUCGUACAAGAAAGACACAAAUCUUAACAAUGCACACAAAAUAUGUGCUGUGCCCAAAUGUACUCUGGACUGUAACUACUCUAAAUCCAGUGUAUAUUCUCAUAUACAAGUAUAUGAUGUGUGGAUUCCCUUUGUGUGUAAUUUCACAGGCUUCUGGUACAUUACUUUCUACUUGGGUGGCUCAUUGUGGAGAGAAAACAUUGCACAUUAUAGGAAAAAAAGGCCUGAAGACAGUGAGACUUUAACAAUAGGCCUGUACAUAGACUGUUUAUGUCUACAGAAAUUAGAAAAUGUGUAAGACACAUUUUGCUUCUGUGUUUUCAUGCAAUCACACACGUAAAAGGAUUAUUCUUGUAAUCAGUGUGCACAUAAUCAGAAGCAACCAUACGGCAAACACCAGCUCUGCAAUCACGUAUCAUAGUUAUAAUGUAUAUUGCUUUUAUCUUUCUUUCCAGAGGUAUUUUUUGGUGGGGACCAAUCAGGCACAGACCAAACACAGAGUCCUGAAGAUUGACCGCACAGAACCUAAGGACCUGGUCAUUAUUGAUGAUAAGCAUGUGUACAACCAGCAAGAGGUCCGGGAGUUGCUGGGCCGCCUGGACCUGGGAAACCGCACCAAGAUUGGCCAGAAGGGUUCCUCGGGCCUGUCCAGGGCUCUCUCAGCCUUUGGCAUUGUGGGGUUUGUACGUUUCCUCGAAGGGUACUACAUUGUGUUGAUCACCAAGCGUAGAAAGAUGGCCGACAUCGGUGGCCACUCCAUCUACAAAAUUGAAGACACCAGCAUGAUCUACAUCCCCAAUGACUCGGUCAGGGUUACACACCCCGAUGAAGCAAGAUAUGUGCGGAUCUUUCAGAACGUGGACUUAUCCAGCAACUUUUACUUCAGCUACAGCUAUGACCUGAGCCAUUCGCUGCAGUACAACCUGACUUUACUGCAGAGGCCUUUUGAACUGUGGUCGUCACCAACUUCCUCCACUGAGGAAGAGGUACAAAAACAGAGCAAGCAUGACAGCUUUGACAUCUUUGAAGAUGAGGGUCUUCCUACGCAGGUGGUUUACGGCCUCCAGAAUGAGCCGUACUCCAAGUACGUGUGGAACGGGAAGCUGCUGGAACGAGUCAAGGACAUAGUGCAUCAUGACUGGCUCAUGUAUAUAAUCCACGGCUUCUGUGGCCAGUCCAAGCUUCUGAUCUACGGCCGACCGGUUCACGUCACCCUCAUUGCCAGGCGCUCCAGCAAAUUUGCCGGGACCCGCUUCCUCAAAAGAGGAGCCAACUGCGAGGGGGAUGUGGCCAAUGAGGUUGAGACAGAGCAGAUCAUCAAUGACGCCUCAGUGAUGUCUCUCACAGCAGGAAGUUACUCCUCAUACGUCCAGGUGCGAGGUUCAGUCCCGCUCUACUGGUCCCAGGACAUUUCCACCAUGAUGCCGAAACCCCCAAUACGAUUGGACCAAGCUGACCCAUAUGCCCACGUAGCUGCGCUCCAUUUUGACCAGAUGCUGCAGCGUUUUGGCUCUCCUAUCAUCAUCCUCAACCUGGUCAAGAAACGAGAGAAAAGGAAACAUGAGAAGAUUCUGAGUGAGGAGCUCUACCCAGCUGUGCUCAACCUAAAUCAGUUCCUCCCUCCAGAGAACUGCAUCGACUACAUUGCCUGGGACAUGGCCCGCUACACCAAGAGUAAAUUGUGCAACGUUCUGGACCGUCUGAGUAUGAUAGCAGAGAACGUGGUUAAGCGCACAGGUUUCUUCAGUAAUCGCGCCGACUUCUACUGUCAUACCAUCAGACCAGAUGACAGGUGGCGAGAUGUAGGUGGACACAUCACAGCCAGUGGACGGGUGCAGACUGGUGUGUUGCGGACCAACUGCGUGGACUGUCUGGAUCGGACCAACACUGCCCAGUUCAUGGUGGGAAAGUGUGCGCUGGCCUAUCAGCUUUAUGCACUGGGAAUGAUUGACAAGCCCAAACUCCAGUUUGAUACUGACUGUGUGAGGUUGUUUGAGGAGCUGUAUGAGGACCAUGGAGACACUUUGUCGCUGCAGUACGGUGGCUCCCAGCUGGUCCACAGGGUCAAGACCUACCGCAAGAUCGCUCCCUGGACACAACACUCUAAAGACAUCAUGCAGACGCUGUCGCGCUACUACAGCAACGCUUUCUCAGAUGCUGACAGACAGGAUGCCAUCAACUUGUUCCUCCAAGUCUACCAGCCAUCAGAGUCCAAGCCACACCUGUGGGAGCUGCCCACUGACUUCUACCUGCAUCAGAAGAACAGCAUUGCCCUCCCCCAAGACAGACGCAGUUACACACUGUGGUGGUCAGCAGGAAUCUUGUCCUACCUUCCUGUGGCCUAUGAUGAAGUCUCCUGUGAGGACAACAUGAAGAAGAUCCAAGUGAAGAGAGUAAACCGCUUUGAGGAGAGUAUCGACAUCUACACAGAAUUCUUCAAGCCUUACGAGCUUACCUCCUUUGAUGACACAUUCGGCAUCGCCAUGACCAACUCUGCACGGGAAUUUAUGCCCAAGACAGUAGGAGUAGAUCCAAGCCCAUUCACAGUUCGAAAGCCAGAGGAAACGGGAAAGUCAGUGCUGGGCAACAAGAGCAGUAAGGAGGAGACGCUGCUCCAGAGGAAAACUGCAGCCAGCGCCCCUCCUCCUCCAAGUGAAGAGGCUAUCAGCAGCACAUCGGAGGACGACUCAGAAGAGGACCGUGACGAUGACGGAUCCGUGUCCCAACGCUCUACCCCGAUCAAACUGCUAACCGAGACCGGAGAGAGCACUCGAACACAGGAGGAGAUCCAGCAGCAGUCGGUUAAGGAGCCCUAUGGGCUCAAUCUGGCUGCGUUUCCUGCUGAGAAAGACCUGCUCAUUUACCAAAGGUUUGCACAUCUGGGCGAGAGCCAGCACAGGGUGGAAAGAACCGAACGCAUAAACCUGGCAAACAUCAUCUGCUUAGAGCCGGUGUCCUGCUUCCCGGAGGACAGCAUCUACGGCCUUUCUCCGCCGCAGGUCGACAGAGACAGCCGCGAGGAGUUUGAGAGCCAUGUGUUGAUGGGUCAGGGCCAGUUGAGGGUGCUGUGCAGGGAGGACAUGCUGAUGUACAGGGAGUACGUCAAGAACAGAUACAUGUAAGACACGGACAACAUGGACUGGAUCUCUGCUACCAAUAUAUGCAAACCCAGAUUGGCAGAUCCAAUCCCGUCACAUACUUCCAUUUUGACAUGACAUUUUUUCUUGCAUUUGUGAAUACAUUUAACUUAAUGAAGAUAAUGGCGCAUGUACCACCCAUGUGUCCUACAUUUGGACCACGUUGAUUUCUUUUUCUUUUUAACAGGCUACCUAUAUGGUGCUUUUUUUAUUUAUUUCAAUUUUAAUUGCAACUCUUUUAAUAAACUAUUUAAUUACAUGUAUGUUUUGGACUUGUAAAUUCUUAAGUGUUUUGAAUCUUAAAUAAAUUUAGUUAAUUUAUCAGAGAACAGCUAUUUGCUCUGUUCAGAUAUAGCGGUGGAGUAAUGUCUACCUGAGCAGAGAGCACUCUCCCUCUGUGUGUUGUCACAACGCGCUCGUCACCCUCCGGGUCCCCCUCAGGUCAGCACUGUUUGCACUGUCGCCAUUGUUUGCACUGCUCCCGAUGCUAGCACCGUUAGCUGCUAGCCGCAGGCUCAGCCGUCGCCAUGUUGUGGAGACAAUAGAUAUGAUCUGAAUCCCAUAUUUAACACCUUUUUAAAUGUUGGAAUUAAUUCAAUGAUGGCAGGCCCAAAUAUUAUGAUGAUUUAAUAUUCCACCUGAGAGUUUAGCUUUAUUUUUUAAAUUGACUCUGUUAAACCAUCGUGCCAUGACGGGGAUAUACAUUGUUUUGUUUUAAUUGCUCUCAAAAGCUUUUUGGAACAACAGUUUUAAGCCCUCUUUGCACGGGACUAGUAUCACCAGGGGGCCUCGUAUAAGUGAUGGCAGACAACCUCCACAAUUAAUACAGAUCACUAGAGGUCCGCAGGGAAUACUGGUCCCCCGCAUAUGGGGGCUUGACAUGAUGUAAAUCCUUCAUGUACUGUAAAUGUAUAUCCAGACGAAACACAUCACUGAUGCUUUGACAUUGUGGGGUUUAAGUCAUUCUUAGUUUACCAAACUGCACACAGAUUUGUCUAAAGCUGAUUAUUAUGUACACCAGUUAAAAAUCAAACAUUUAUUUAUGAACACAAUGUGCACUUUUCUAAAAUUCCCCCCGCUUUGCUCCUCUACUUUAAUGUCUUUUAUGUAUUGUUCAUCACAAAAAAACGUCUCUUCCCUCCAACUGUCCUCUGCUUUAUUUUUCACGCGUUAUUCAGCCUUUUCACUUUAGUUCCGUCUGUCACACUUACUCCCUGCUCUCACGCACUCUUUUUGCACUCAGCUUUCAACCACAGGUGUCAGGAAAUGUGAAAUACGAUGAACACUGUAUUUCCUCUAAUGCACUAUACACAUGCAGUCAGCAUAGUGCUCGACCACUGGUCUCUGCAUCAGUGCCUCGUGAGGACGGGGGGGGUGGUGAGUGGUGCUUCAGCAUGUGAUGUUGUAGAGAACGGCACUAGGACUUAAAAUGAAUAAGCUGCAUUUAUAAGCAAAUGAACUCCAGAUGACGGAUUAUGCGUCAUAUUUUCAAAUUUGCAGCGGCAUUGUUCUUAAUUGGAGUGACUAGAAUACAACCAGGAAUUCACCUAAAGAGAAGACGGUCUCUCACUUCGCAGUCUGUGUCCUUCAGUCCCCUUUUUUCCUCCUUUGGAAGCUCCUCAGCUGACUCAAGAGGCUUUUACCUUUCUACUCUGAUGGUUGUUCGCUGGAUAAGACCACUAGAGGAAUAUACUGUAGAUCAAGUCCGGCUGCUUUGCUUUUGUUCUGACCCGGGAUGCUUUCGAAUUUUGAGCAUUCCUGAUCAUGACCAAUCGUUGUUUGUUUGCUAGAAAGAAUGAAGUAGUAUAAAGGGUGGUAAGUAUUUUUCACAGUGAGUUGAGAAGACCCCAACCGCCGAUGAAAUGUUUGACUGGACAUCAAAAACUUCAAAAACAAAACAAAAUCACUUAAAUACAACUGUGGGUGUGAUUUUACCUUUUGCAAUAUUCGUAAAGGUUGAAUUCAGGCUAUGAAAGACCUUUCUGGAUGACAUACUGGUAUUAAACUUAAGAUCCACCAUCCGUGAUCACAAGUGUUUCAUUUCUCAACAUAAUGUUAUUAGCAAUCAUGUAAUUAUCAUAAAAUCGAUGGUCGAGAUGACAUCUGCCGAGAAGCAGGUACAGUACGGUCGGUCAGACGUAUCCGAAUAUGUGAUUGUUCCUUUUGGGGUUGGGUUCUUUUCGUUUUCAAGGUGUGUGUGUGUGUGUGUGUGUGUGUGUGUGUGUGUGUGUGUGUGUCUCUGUCUGUCCCUGGGUGAAAACGUUUCCUCUUGUGAGAAGUAUUAGAUGUUUGUGGGUAAAUGAAUUGAGGUGUUAUGUCUCUUCAGUAAACGUGUUCCUGCGACGUGUCCGUUCAGCUGUCACAGAUACAUUUCAUCUCCACCAAUCUCUUAAUGUAUCUGGUAAAGGGUGUGCUUGUGCUCUAGCUUGUGAGAGCAUGUGUGCACUCUUGGAAAAAGGAGAGCACUGCUGUCUCUGUGUUUGUGGGCAGGGGGACUGUAGGCGGUCGGGGGCUGUUUUGGUCUUUUAAGUAAGGCUCUGUUUUUCUCAUGUGUUGUGUUUAGAAAGGCAGGUGUCUCAUUACAUUGAAACCUCUCAGCAACACAUGGGUAUGGAUGAAUAAAUGCAUCUCGUCACUGAUAUUUUUAAAGGCAGCUUGUUCUCAGUAAUCCUCACAAAAAUAACUGAAUGUUUAAGUGUGUGUGUGUGUGUGUGUGUGUGUGUGUGUGUGUGUGUGUGUGUGGCACCGGGGGUGCAGUGCUUCUAUUGAGGUGGAAAUUUAAUUUGUUUGGUUUCGUCUAUCAUAGAAAACAAUUAUUCCGUAUUUCGGUCUUGUGUGUGUGGUUGGGUAUCUGCCCUGGUCUCUGACAUGAGUCGCUGGGGUCUUCAUGUGACCGCUUAGCUUAUGAAUGAAGACGACCCCCUCUCUGCUGACAAAAGGUGGCCAAACACCUGUUUCCUGGAAACUAAAACUAGUUACCAUAUUGCCAUGCUGCUUUGAAUCUCCCCCUACC